AUGGCGGCGCACACAAUAGAUAGAGAUGCCAUCCUCCAAUCUCUCACGUUGGAUGAGAAGAUUUCACUUCUGGCUGGCGCCAAUUUCUGGGAAACGGUCGGGAUCCCCGACAAGGGCGUCCCGUCCAUCAAGAUGACGGACGGACCGAACGGCUGCCGGGGGGCGGACAUUGACGGCAACACCAAGGCAGCCUGCUUUCCGGCAGCCAGCAGUGUCGCAGCAACCUUCGACCCGAAUCUAGCGCGGCGGAUCGGCGGUGCACUCGCCGACGAGGCUCGCACCAAGGGAGCGCGCGUGCUGCUGGGGCCCACGGUCUGCUGCCACCGGCACCCCCUAGGCGGCCGCAAUUUUGAGAGCUUCAGCGAGGACCCGCACCUCUCGGGGACGCUGGCGACAUCACUCAUUCGCGGCCUGCAGGAAGACGGUGGCGUCGCCGCCUGCAUCAAGCACUUUGUCGCCAACGAGCAGGAGACGGACCGUAUGACGGUCGACGAGAGCGUCGGCGAGCGCGCCCUGCGCGAGAUCUAUCUGCGCCCCUUCGAGACGGCGGUCCGUGAGGCCCGGCCGUGGAGUCUCAUGACGGCCUACAACCUGGUCAAUGGCGUGCACUGCGAUAGCCACGACUGGCUGCUGCGUGAUGUCCUGCGCAGCGAGUGGGGAUGGGACGGUGCCAUCAUCAGUGACUGGGGCGGUACCAACUCGGUGGCCGGCUCCAUCAACGCGGGGCUCGACCUGGAGAUGCCCGGUCCGGCCCGUGUGCGGACUCCCUCGGCCGUGCGGACGGCGCUGAAAGCCGGCGACGUGACCGAGGAGACUAUCAAUCAGCGCACAGCGGCCCUGCUGAAGGCCGAAGACCGGCCGGAGCAUCGUGCGCUGAUUCGGGAGGCCGGGGCACGCGGCAUGGUUUUGCUCAAGAACGAGGCUCAAAUACUACCCCUGACCAAAGAAAAGGUCAAGGGUAAGAAGAUUGCCCUCGUCGGUCUCGCCAAGGACGCGCUGGCCCAUGGCGGCGGCAGCGCAAGCGUCAACGCCCAUUACAAGGUCACCCCAUGGGACGGUCUCCUCGCAGCGCUCGGAGAUAGCGCGGCCGAAUUUGUCUACGCAAAGGGAGUACAUCGACAGCGGUUGCUGUCACCGCUCACCAUAAACAGCAAAGCUACAGUGGGAAGUGUCACUGGUCUAGACGGACAUCCAGGGUUCACGCGCCUGUUGUACGAGCCGGGCAACCCGGAUCCCGUUUCAACGCUGCACGGCUACGCCUCAUCGGCCUAUUCUCCUCUUGGGUCGCAAGAAUCGCUCAACAAGAUCGUCGAGCUGGUCGGCGACUUCACUCCCAACGAAUCCGGGGCCCAUUACAUGGCGUGCUCGGGUAUCGGCGCGACAACCGUCUUCGUCGAUGAUGCCAUCGUCUUCCGGCAAGGGAGCAACUGCUUCGAUCCCAUGGGCGCGCUUUUUAUGGCGGCGUCCGAGGACCUGUUCAGGCAUGACUUUGUCAGCGGACGUGUCUAUCGCAUCCGCGUCCGGACAGAGCCACCGACCAACGUCGGGAUGCGGAUUCUGGAGGGCCGAAGCGGUGCACGCCUCGGGUUCAGGGCCGCGUCCGAGCACGACGCGGACCUGCUGGGAGAGGCCGAACGCGCUGCACGAGAAGCCGAUAUCGCCAUCGUCUUUACCGGGCACGAUCCGCAGUGGGAAAGCGAGGGCCGCGACCAGGACUCGUUCAACCUGCCAAACGGCCAAAAUGAGCUGGUGGCCGUCGUGGCUCUCGCGAAUCCAAACACCAUCGUCGUGAAUGCUACGGGCGUUGCGGUGGCUAUGCCGUGGUUGGGUGAUGUCUGUGCCGUUUUGCAGGCCUGGUUUGCCGGCCAGGAGUGUGGCAACGCUGUCGCUGACGUCUUGACCGGCGUCGUCAACCCGGAAGGCCACCUGCCCGUCAGCUUCCCGCGCCGGCUCGAAGACGCGCCCGCGCAUGGGAACUUCCCCGGCGAGUCCAUCGACGGCCAGCGCAAGGUGACCUAUGCCGAGGGCGUGUUUGUUGGAUACCGACACUACGACCGGCUACCACAGGAAGCUGUCCAUUUCCCGUUUGGCCAUGGUCUCUCCUACACGUUGUUCCAGCUUGGUAGCCUGCAUGUCGAACCCAAUCCCUCCAACGACGAUGAGUUUGUCGUCACCGCCCAAGUCUCCAACACAGGAGCCCUCGCCGGCGGUGUCGCAGUUCAGGUUUAUGUCGGCAACAGCAUACAGUCCCUGGAACAUCCGGUCAAGACACUGGUGGCUUAUCAAAAAGCUCGUCUGCAGCCUGGCCAGGCACAAACCGUCCGGCUUCUCGUCAACUGCCGGGACAUGGCUCACUUCGAUGAGACGGCGCACGCCUGGGCCGUGAAUGCGGGAACAUACGAAUUUUCUAUGGGGCUUUCAUCCGUUGACAUCCGAGAGAAGACGUUGGUAAAGAUAGAAAUGCGCAAAACCUACUCUGUAUAA